AUGGAAGUCAAUCUCAUAUGCGCGGGAGUACUGUUGGCAAUAUUCGCUUACCUGUACCGCUGGAUAACACGCAACAAUGACUACUUCCACGAUAAACCGAUCCCGUCAAUGGCCGUCAGACCGAUCCUCGGGUCCACGGGACCUCUGAUGCUGCGAAAAGUUGUCUUCCAGGAUUUCAUUCGACAGAUUUACAACAAAUACCCCGGAGUGAAAGUCUUCGGCACGUUCGACACGAUCACGCCGUUCUUCGUAAUCCGCGAUCCGGAAUUGAUCAAACAGAUCGGAAUUAAAGAUUUCAAUCAUUUCGUGGAUCAUCGUCCGAUAUUCGGUCACGACGACGACGACCAUGCGGAGCACCCGAAGGCGCUGUUCAUAAAAACAUUGGUCGCGAAGAAUGGUCAGCGAUGGAAGGAGAUGCGAGCGAUUCUAAGCCCCGCCUUCACAGGGAGUAAAAUGCGUCAGAUGUUCUCACUGGUGGGCGAAUGCUGCGACGGAAUGGUGAAUCACUAUCUGGAUCUGGCUAAGGCUACGGGAAGGGUGGAAGUCGAAAUGAAGGAUAUGAUGAGCCGGAUCAGUAUUAAUGUUAUUGCUUCGUGUGCUUUUGGGAUUAAGGUGAAUUGCUUCAAGGAACAGGAGCACGAAUUCGUGUACCAUGGGAAGAAAAUGAUUAAUUUCUCAAGGCCUAUUGUAAUUGCAAGGCUGAUGAUGAUGCGAAUUUUUCCAAAGUUUGCUGCCAGAUUCGGAAUAGAUAUGCUGGAUGGAGAGCAAGCCGAUUACUUCACACGCUUAUUACAGAAGACGAUAGAAACUCGUGAGAGUAAGAAAAUAAUUCGGCAUGACAUGAUAGAUUUAUUACUGCAGGCUCGCAAGGGCAAUUUGAAGCACCAGGAGGAGAAGGACGAUCAGGAAGGGUUCGCCACUGUUCAAGAGUUCAACGUGGGCAAGGUGGAAAUAACGAAGAAUAUGACGGAAGCGGAAAUGAUCGCACAGUGUUUGAUAUUUUUCCUGGGUGGGUUUGAAACGGUGUCUUCCUGUGCCAUGUUAACGGCAUACGAGUUGGUUCGGAAUCCAGAGGUCCAACAGAAGCUUUACGAAGAGAUUCUGCAGACCGAACAGGAACUCGGGGGAAAGCCAUUAAGUUACGACGCGCUACAGAAGAUGAAAUACAUGGACAUGGUGGUGUCGGAAUCUCUGAGAAUAUGGCCCUUGGCACCAGCUGCGGAUCGUUUGUGCACACAGGAUUACAUCGUCGACGAUGGCCAGGGUUUAAAAUUCACAAUCGAUAAGGGAGCGUGUGUUUGGUUUCCUACUGCCGGACUGCAUCACGAUCCUCAAUAUUUUCCGAAUCCGGAAAAGUUCGACCCAGAGCGGUUCAACGACGAAAACAAGAAGGAAAUCGAUCCAGGAACGUAUCUUCCAUUCGGCAUAGGGCCGAGAAACUGCAUUGGUUCGCGUUUUGCACUAAUGGAAGUGAAGGCAUUUAUGUAUUACAUUCUGCAUAAGUUUUCAUUCGUUAGUGGACCGAAAACUGAAAUACCUCUCCAGCUGCGAAAGGGACUUACUCAUUUGGGUGCCGAGAAUGGAGUGCACCUUGUGCUGAAGUUGCGGUGA